UCCUAACAGAAAUAUGUGAAACACUUCGCACUGCACCAGUUUUACAAAAAAUAUUUCUAACUUAAAACUGUGGUUUCAAACUGUGAUUCUUUUUAAUCUCGUACACAUUAUGUUACAUUUAUUACAAAAAAUGUGUUUAUAAGUUUAUAAAAAUAUACUGUUGGUAUUUUUAAUAAAAAAGAUAGAGGAAGCGUUUGAAUUUGGUUAUGUAUUUGUAUACAACAAUUUGAAGAAAGAAAGAAAUCAAAAUGAAUAUUAAUGUGACACUUGAUGAACGUUUGACAAGUAACAGUUGCGUGAAACUCGUAAUUGAAUUACUAAAGUAUAUCUUAUAUCAGAAACAGCAAAUACCAUUUACAUAUGAUUCAUUAAAUCAGCUACAAAUGAAAAUCACUGAUAGAAAUUUGUCUUCUAUAAAGUCUUUAUUAAAUUCUUUAAAGAAUACAUCAGAGCAAUUGAAUUCACAAUUUCAUCUUAAAGGAUGUGAAAUCAAGGAAAUUGCUAUACUUAUCGGUGCUACUAUAAUAUCACCAAGAUUACAUGUUAGAGUGGAAUUUCCCUCUGAUGUUCUUAGUAGUCAAGAUCAUCAUGAAUAUAAACAUGCUUCUAGGAAACCUCUUUUAAAUUUAAUGAGAUCAAUGUUGGAAUGUUCAGAGUUUCAAGAUGCUUUGACUUCACCAUUACAUCCUACAAAUACUUUUGUGCUGAUACAAAAGAGCGAUAGUAAUGCAGUAUCAGAAUUCUUUUUACCUAAACCACAGUAUAUACCUCCAAUACAUACUUCUAAUUAUUUUGUAAUUAAGUUGCAACAUAGUGAUCAAGUCAAAGUAGAUUGUAAUUGUAUAGAUAUAGUAAAAGUUUAUAAUGAAGUAUCAGACUGCAACACUAAUAAAGGUAGGGACAUUCAAUUGUUAAAUAAUUCAAAUGGAAAUAAUACACAUUCUCCUUACUGUUGGUAUCAGUCUAAAGAAGUAAUUAAAGGAUUCAAAUUUAUAAGAUGACCAUAAAUAUAUUAAUGUAACUAUAGGCAAUUGAAAUAGCAUAUUUUUUACUAUCAUGAAAUAUCAGUGUUGAAAAGCAGUAUAUUACUAUUAAUAGAUUUAUUGUUAUAAUGUAGAAAAUACGUUAAUCAUAAUGUUACAAACAUAUGACUAAUUGCAAAUAUAUAUAGAUUAUGUUUUAAAAUUUUUAAAUACUGAUAUGUACAUUGAUCAUACUUAUACAAUUUAUAAAUACAAUUUGUACUAAAACUACUUUUUCUUUCUGUCUUUUUCGUAAUUAUCUUCUGUUGUUUUGUCCUGAUUAACAGUGUCUAAAAUAUUGAGUGGUAGCUUAUAAAUUGUAACUUUUAAAAUCCUAAAAUCAACGAUUAUUAGUAUUCUCAUUAUCAGUAUUAUUAAUCCUCCAAUCCAACUCCACGUCAUUAUGAUUGAAAACAACUGCAACCAUAAUACUGUUUUGCACAUAUCAUAAUGAUGAAAAUUAGACAUUUCUACAUAUGAUUGUAUGAUUUCACAUUCACUGCAAAUUUAUUGUUAAAAUAGUAUGUUAAAAAUAUAGUAAAGUAACUUGUAUCCAA